AUGGAAGAUCGUAAAGCAUAUUACAAUUAUCUUCAUGACAUAUAUUUCCCACAAUUACCAGAAGGUCAUAAUUUUGAUUUGCAACUCAAAAAUCCUUACACUUGGACUGACUAUAUUCAUUUAACCGAUGGGACUCGAGUUUUGGAUCCUGGUUAUCAAACAAGAGAUAAAUUACAUUCAAAUUUCUUAUUUACAGGGCUUAUACAUAAUGAGGCUUUAGUAAUGCAAUUCUUAAGUUGUAUGGCAAAUCAAAACUGGCUGCAAAGAUUUGGUAAUGUGAAAAUGCUUCUUUGGAUUCCAAAUUCCUCAGCUGUUAAAAUUAUGGCACGUCCAGAUACACGUGAAAGAGCUAAAUGUUCCGUUGUGAGGGAAACUUUUUGUGAUGCCAAAUUAAUUGCUACACCAGAUGAUGAGAAAUCGUUGAAAUCUUUUAAUAACAAUUUAUUAUCUAAUGAUGACCCGAUUAUUUUCAAUCCAAAAUCGUUUUCAAAAGCUUCUAAGUAUACAUUGAUAGAAUUUAAUCCUAAAGAUCAUGAUUUGGAUGCAUUUGCUUGGGACUACGUCGUUAAACAAUUGAUGGCUUCUAGAAAUACACCUCUAGAUAAGAGUUUGAACCAUUUAGGUCCUGCAGCUGCUGAUUUUUUUGUUACAAAAAUUCCAUUGAACCUUUUGGGAAAGGUUCCUAAAAAUUUAACAUCUGAAGAGUUUAAAUUCUUAUUAGAGGUUUUCCAAUCUUGGCCUUUCAAACCGGACUCCCUUUUGGAAACCGUUUCUUUCGGUAAAGAAAUGUGA